AUGUAUCGACCACGGGACCGACCCGAAUAUGACAGCGCGCCUAGUCAGGAUGAUGACACUGGCUUCCAAAUCCGGGGACGGGCUAGCCUGAGCAAUCGAUCAAAGGAUGAGCCAACCGAAGCGCCGUCCUCCAGAGAUGCACGCGAUUCUGCUGGACAUACGGAUCGUUCUGCAGCACCUGGAGAAGCACAUCGGUCGCCAGCACGGGAUGCACCUCGGUCGUCUCCUGCAGUGAAUGCGCGUCACUCUGAUGGUGCAGCCCAAGCACCCACGCGCACUUAUCGAUCUCCACCCCGCCGAUACUCCAGGUCGCCACCGCAUCAUGCGCCACGCUCACGGACUCCGCCGAGACGGCCGUACCAGGACCUGGACAAUCCGCGAGUGAGCGAACGCUCUGGACAUCGUCCUCCUCGAUCAGAUCAUCGUCAGGAUCGAGAGCGAAACCUAGAUCGCCAUCACGACAACAACGACGACAGGUAUCGACCGCAUUACGACAGCCGAUCUAGAGACUACUAUGCGCAGGACUACGUCGACCCUACUGUAUACGACGAGCCGGAGGAGCCACCAGCCAGUAAUGGCGACUGCGAUGUCUCACCAGAUGGCACUCCGCUGCAGAUUCUGCUCAUCCGCGGACUUAAGAACAACGUGGACGAAGCAUUACUCAGCAAAGGCCUUGACAAGCUAUAUCUUGACGACACUCAACAGGAACAAGGCAGUCAGCCACCAGCCCUCACCCUACCUGGUGCACAGUCUAGGCCGAGUCAGCCAGGUGCCACGCCAAAAAGCCUGAAACGUGUUCUCAUCAUUCGUGAUCGUGUGACGGAGAAGAGUCUUGGAUUCGGAUUCGCUGAGUAUCAUUCCAGGAAGGACGCACAAGCUGCGCUGGCCAAAGCAAAUGAACUUGGCGACAAAUGCACCAUCUCUUCGAAGCAGAUCCAAGUAGGGUACCCGCAUCUGGGCGUGUUCCCACCGGUAGUCAUCGGCCAGACAGAUGAUAACACCCGUUUCCUGUUCCAGAUGGACGACGGCAACUUCAGAAAGUACCACGACACACGAUAUUAUGCUUCUGGAUCAGUGGUCAAUGCUGAGCCACCAGCGCGCCCGAAGAGUCCAUCUCCUGUGAAAGACGUAGCCAAGACAAGCAAGAAACGCUCGAACAAUAACCAAUCAUCCGACACCCUAGAAAAUGCUGACGGUGUCAAGAAAGUAAAGACUGGACCCGCUUUCACCAUCGCCGCACAGUGGCAGAAGAAGCAAGCCGAGCUUCGAGGUGAGGACGAGGCGGACGACAGCGAUGGCACAAAUCCCACCAUUGCUUCAGGAGCUAAUGCCGAGGCCGUGACAGGAUACGUACCCCAAAGCUUUGUAUAUCAUGGGGAUCGAAACGGGAAGAUGAGGAAAUGCUGCUUGCUCUGCGGGACAGAGCUGCCUGCUGCUGUGUCGCCGGCGGAUCAUGUCAAGGGAAGCGUCAAGCAUGCGGAGAACUUGAAGAACGAGCAGAAGUACCAGCAAGGCUUCGAGAAUCUGAAGAAGUGGGGUGUUGCAGAGGAUGCCACUGUUCAGGUUGAGGACGACUCCGCCAAGCAACAACCUCAAUACGUCGACCGCGCCAAAGAGCGUCGCAAGCAAGAAGCUCUUACCGGCACAGGCGAGCGUUUCAAGAUGUCGCUCAAGGGCGCCAACAAGAACAAACCAGCCCCUGUCGAAGAGAAUGUCCCAGUGGCGCCGACUUACGGCAAGGGUCUUAACAUGUUGCAGAAGGCUGGUUGGAAAGAAGGACAAGGUCUUGGAUCUGGGAAUGGGAUUACUGCGCCUGUUGAGCAGAAUGUCUAUGCAGCGGGCGUGGGUCUUGGACAUGAGGGGAGCAAGAAGGGGGAUGCGGUGGAGGAGGCGAAUAGGAGUACGAAGGGCAGUUUCUUGGAGAAGACGAGAGAUGUGGCCAGGGAGAGGUUUGAGAGGAUGGGAUAG